AUGACAAAAAGGGCCAGAGAAAGAGAACGGAAGGGUGCGAAGGAAGGCUGCCCCAGGCCCUCCCUUGCCACCCAGAUGGGGGGUCCCAUGCUGCACAGGCUGGACCCAGGCUGCGGGGGAAAGAGGCAUGCAAGAGGAGAUCACACAAAAACCGUUGUCGCAGGGCAGGUAGAGGAAAGGAGGAGGAGGAGGCACCCUCUCAGCUCCGCCCGCAACAUUGGCCCCCCACCAGCACUGCCCCAGUGCCACUGUGAGGUCACAAACUGUGGGGCCUGCCACCACUCCCCCCCCACCCCGGCCCCUGCCGUCAUCUUGUGCCUUUUCCCUCGAGCACAAAGUAGCCCACGUGUCCUCCCUUUGCCUGCAGUUUCCCACCCUUUGGAUAGGCCUCACCUCCAGCAGGUAAGCGAGGCAGGAGCUGCACAAGCCAGAGAAGGUGUCUCCAUUUGCAGCCUACUGCACCAGUCUCCUCCUGGGGAGUUUGGCCAGGUUGUCUGAGAUCUCCCUGCUCUGGCCCAAGAUGACAAACUGGUGAGGCAGGAGGCUGCCUGCGUGAGGGUCUGUCACAACAAGAAUGACUUCACCCCCAUCCAAAUAAAUGGGCACACUGUGCUACUAACCCAUCACAACAGCUUAGAGGGAAACCGCUUCUUUAACCCUCAGGACAAAUUCUCUUUCGAGUUUGACCACCUGUGUGGGGCAACCAGCAAACCCCAACUGCAUGGUGUGAUGCUAGAUGAGGGGGAGCUAUGGUGACAGGCCCUCCACAAAGGCUUGAAGGCCUACGUGAGCUGCUGCUUUCCUGUAGGGAACUGCUGUGUGUUCAAAAAAAGCCGGGGGAAGAGGCAGCUGUUUGUGGCCUGCAUGGAGGCUCAUCAGUACCAGCUUUCAAAUCACUGAAACAGCCUUUGGAAGUCUGACUGGACUUGUGCCCUGACUCCAUUUACCACUCAUGUUAUAGGGAUCUUUCUCCUCCAGAUACACUGCUUCAGAGAUGCCAGCCUCCAUGUAACUGUCAGCAAGUCUGUGAGUGAGACUCUAAAUGUGAUAGACCAAAGUCAGUUUGCCACAGAUUUUGUGAAAUUUGUGAAAGCUGAGGACACCAAGUUUCAUAUUGCCAUUCUGGAAAACAUUCAGGCUUUGUCAGAGGAUAUAUGGGAAAAAAAUCUGUGGAGGAAACUCCCUGUUACUCACAUUUUUAUGAACUGGAAUAAACUAUUGAAUCCUCAGCAUCUGAACACCAAUGCCUCCAGUAUAGAAGUGCCUUCACGCUUACUGAAACACACUAUUUGA